CCUCGUGUUCUCUUUACUUUAAAACCUUCAUCGUUUCAUUUCAAACUUGAAAAAAAAAUUUUAAUUUAAAAAUACUAAUUAAAUUUCUAAAAACUUUUAAAACUUUAAACCAAAAUUUUUAUCUGACCAAAACGAUAAAAACCAAGUAUUCAUCUAAGUUGACAAACCUCAAAAAAAACCUAACAAAAAUUGUUAUCAGAUUAAAAAAAAGUGCAAGGCAAGUCUAAAAAUCAAUCAAACGUCGCUAAGAAACUACCUCUCCUCAAAAUAUACCGAAAACUUGUCAACUAUAAGUCCAAGGAAAAACUGUAAAACAGAUUAAAAGCUAGGCUGACAAACAAACUUAAAGCUGACAAACAGUCUGGAAACUGCAAAGCAAAGGUGACAAACAAACUGGAAGCUAAGUCAGCAAAGAAACCAGCAACGAGUUCAAAAUUUGUUAGUUCUUCAAACACUUGUGAAAACCAUUCAGAUUUAAUCAAACAAGGAGAAACAGUUUCUGCAGAAUUUAAAGACAUUAUUCUCCGUACUUUCUCCCAAAAAAACAGUUAAAGAAUCAAGACGGAACCGAACAGAUUAAGUAGAUCCUAUGUAUACCCUCUAUAUGCCGCUGCCAGUGUAUUCAAUAGGAUGAGUUUCUUUACAAACAUUGUUAAAAAUGUAAAGGAAUUUUAUUCCGAAAUCAAUGCUGCAACACUCACAGGAGCCAUUGAUGUAAUCGUAAUUCAAGAUGAAUCUACUCUCUUUAUCAUAGCGUUUGGAAAACUGGGAGUACUCAAGGCGAGAGAAAAAAUUGUUGAUUUGGAGAUCAAUGGAGAACCAGUUUCAAUUCAGAUGAAACUAGAUGAUAAUGGUGCAGCAUUCUUUGUGGAAGAUGUAGAGGAGGAGGAAUGGAGUCCGCACCUCGCAACCUCUCCAAUACCCUCAACUGGAUCAUGGGAGUGGAACAAGAAUGCGUCUCCAGCGCCCUUGGAGGUUCAAAACCCACUGAAGAUUCAAUUAACAGAGGUGAACGAGGAGGAGGAGAAGGAGGAAGAUGGAAGAAAGGGGAAACUGAACAAAAAGAAAAGAAGGAGAAGGAAUCAGCUUCGACAUGGUAGAAGGGGGAGUAAAGGAUCCAUCAAGGAUAUGGUUCUGGAGUCAGAUCAGGACAUGUUCCUGAUGGACGAUGUAAAUGAUGCAGACCAAGAGGACGAUCUUGAUUCAAACAACGCAGACGACAGGACGGACAGGGAGGACUGGAUUGAGGAGAAGUGGAGUGGACAGUCCAAAUCUCUCGUUCAGCCCAGUCCCUGGGGACAGAAAAACAAACUACCAAGAAACCUGAACUUAGAUUUUGCCAACUGCUUCUCUAUGGAGAACACAUCCACCCCUAACACUCUUACCCCAGUAGAUGGAUUGGAUCGGGAUCCUCUAGCUCUUAAUCCCCUCGGGCACAGUGCACCCCAGACAUCAAACCUCCUCCACCCUAGUGAGAGUUCAAAUACUUUGCUAGGAGAAGAGUUAACCAUUGAGAACUCUCUCAUUGGGAGCAGAGUUCCGCUCGUACCAAAGUCUAGUUCUGAGGCUGAAGCUCUAGAGGCUCUAUGGAGUUGUGCUGAUCCAGGUUCAGGAUCAAGGGAAGAAUUCCGUCGACCUAAAUCCGUGACCGCGGACUUUCAUUAUUUCAGUGAUACAGAAUUGGAUGAACACAUAUCCCGUAGAUCCUGCAGUCCUGUAACAUCAGAUAGUGAAAUUGAACGAAAUGGAAGGGAGGAGCAAACUUCUUGGAGAUGGGGUGAACUACCCUCCCCACAUCAAAAUGUCGUUAGUCAGGCUGUAGAAGAUGAAGAUAAGAAGAGGAAGGUUGAGGUUGAGGAGAAGGACAGAUCUCUGCUGGGUUGGUUCAGGACCAACACCGUCACCGUCAAGGAGGAGAAGCAGGAGCAGGGGAUGUAUUUAGACGAUCUGAUCAGUGGUCAGGUUGACCCUCAAACUGCCGCAAUCUACCUCUCUCCUGUACCUGUACCUGUACAUACGGAUAAUGUAGAGAAGAAUUUAAAUGUACAGAGCUCUGUGCAAUCAGAAGAGGAAAGUAUCCUCCCCGACCUUAAUCCAUCCUCCAUCCUCGACACCUUGGAGAGUGUAGUAGAGGCCAGGGACGAGGAUUGUGAAAGUGGUCAUGGUCCUUCGCUCCCCAUGUCACCUCAGUCCGGAAUAAUCACCAAACCCCGAGUUAGAAAUUUCAACUCGGAUUCCGAAGACGACUUUCCGAUAAUUCUUUCCCGACACUUCCCUGAUUUUUCGAUCUCGCUCUGCGGGGGUUUAGGGUCUAAAGGAGAGAUAUCUCCGGAGGUAUUCAGGGAGAAGAUUGUCACGCUCGAGGACUUCACUGCAAGACUACGUGAGGAUCGUAAUUUCCUAAACCAUCCUGAUCUAACAGUUCGGAUAAACGAGAAGUAUACAACAUGGAACAAUGCUGCUCCUCUACUCCUCUCACUCAUUCUAUACAAGGAACCCCUUCCCAGCGACCUGGUCGCCGAGAUGCUGAAGGAGGGCUUGAAGGUGAACCUCAGUCUCGACGCCAAGGAGAUGGAGGUGAAGAAGGCCGAUGGAGGAAGAGAGAGGAAAACGUCGUCGUGGUUAAACUGGUUUUCCAGUGUAAACACAGCUGAGGCUCAGGGUAAAGAUGUGUUAGUAGAGAAGGUCGUGAAGGUUGAGAUUGAUACAACUGAAACUGAGAUCAAUUCUGAACCUGUAAUGAAUGAAGAUGAGAAGACUGAUGAACCGGCAGAUCUGGAGAAUUCCUCGACGGACGGAGAGAACGAGAGAAGGUGUCGGAAGACUCUGAGAUUGAACUCUGAAAGGUUGAAGCAGUUGAACCUUAGACCUGGAAGCAAUGAGGUUCAGUUUAGCGUGACCACUGCGUUCCAGGGAACAACAAGAUGCAAGUGUCACAUCUACCUAUGGAAGCACACGGACAAGGUUGUCAUCUCCGAUAUCGACGGAACAAUCACCAAGUCUGAUGUUCUUGGGCAUAUCCUUCCUGUUAUUGGUCGUGACUGGGCGCAGAGUGGAGUAGCGCAAUUGUUUACCAAGAUUCGAGCAAAUGGUUACCAUAUUAUGUACCUCUCUGCCAGGGCUAUUGGACAGGCCAGCAUUACUAAGGAGUACCUUCAGUCGGUCAAACAGGGAGAUCUUUGCUUGCCAGACGGACCUUUGUUCCUCAAUCCUGAAUCUUUGAUUCACGCUUUCAGGAAGGAAGUGAUUGACCGGAACCCUGAAGAGUUUAAGAUCCGAUGUUUGAAGGAUAUUCAAUCUUUGUUCCAAGGCAGGAAUCCAUUCUUUGCGGGAUAUGGAAACAGACCUAAUGAUGCGUAUGCGUAUCGUGCUGUAGGUAUACCAAUAUCUCGUAUCUUCACCAUCAAUCCUCGUGGGGAACUCAGACACGAACUAACACAGAACUUUCAGACCUCAUAUGAAUCCCAAUCCUUGGAGAUCGAAGAAUAUUUUCCCAAUGUUCUCUCCCAAGUCAACCACAUGGAGGAGUAUAGGUCCAGGAAGCAGUCCCUCUAUUAUGAGACCAAGGAACACCCGGAGAAUGCAAAGAAAUCCUUCGAGGACAGACAGUACUCGGAACAGAACGAGUCUCGUCCGUUCCGUGUUAGAUCAGGGACGGAUAUCUCCAAUUCACUGAUUUCUGCCAGGUUCAAGUUCAAGAGAUCGCAGAGCAAAGUGAUCCAGGAUCAGGAGACAAUCCUAGAGCUGGAGAAAAGUGGAUCCAAACUCACCCUGGUUCAACCUACUACUGGAGAUGAAACCAGAACCUCGACCAGCGAUCUUAUCUUCCAGGAGAUUCAGGAUAAGGUUCUUUUUGAUCUGUACGAGCCUGGCAGUAGUCCUAGAACGGAUCUAGAGUCCGGAGACCCACAAGAGAUUGAAGAGUUUGAAGACUGCUUGAGCCGGAAACCGUCCUGCUUGGAAAUGAAUGAUUUGGUUCGGACCUAGCUCAUCGUAAUCUCAUCUUAGCUCAGCUGCUUCUCUAAAUGUAUGUACACCAGAGCGAGAUCGCCGAUCACUACUUUCCGCCGACGGGUAAGGACGGAUUUCAUCCGGACUUCAAAAUCCAGGAGUACUCCGG